AUGUGCGAAUCCAAAUCGAAUUCGGUCAGCUAUGACAUCACAGAAUUGGCGACCUCAUCUCUGAUCGGUUUGGUUCAGACCAUCAAGGAUCACAUCACCAAGCCGACAGCCAUGGCUCGGGGACGAGUGGCCCACCUGAUAGAGUGGAAGGGUUGGAGCGCCCCCCAGUCCGGCUGGGAACCUUCGCUGACCGAUGAGGAGCAUUACUCCGAUCUCACCGAUGAGCUGAAGGAGGCGCGAUUUGCAGCCGGGGUUGCCGAGCAGUUUGCCAUCACUGAAGCCACCCUGAGUGCCUGGUCCUCGCUGGACGAUGAAGAGAUGCAUUAUGGGUUGGGCUCCCAGGAGAUGCGGCAGCUUCAAGAUCUGGAGAGCUUCUACCUGCAGAGCCGACUGCUGAGCUACGCCCACGGGGCCUGCGGCUCGGAUCUGGGGGGCAGCCUGCCCGGGCCUCUCCUAUUCCUCCGCCGUGUCCUUGGCUGCCACUUCCCAGCAGCUGCUGCCCAUGGAUAGAUGGGACGUGUCGGAGCCCCCCUCUGCCUUCCAGUGCCCCCCGGUGGACGGUGGCAGAAGCAGCAGCUCGGACAACUCCAAAGCGCCGGCGACGGCGGAGGGGGGGAGGUCCCCCCUGAAACCUGCAAACCCCGGCUCAACCAAUCGCUCCACUACGUGGACAGCAGCUCGCUGUCGGAGGACGAGGUCUUCUACAACUGA